AUGGAGCGGUUCAAGCAAUGGAUCGCCACCAAGCCUUUCACGGCCCAGCGCUGCAAGCAAUUCAUCUAUACUAGACCCCGUUGGCUCUUCGAAUUCAUCUUUCCGCAGAACCAGGGCUUCCCCUUCAUAAGAUAUCACUACUAUUUGAUCAUAUCCCUCGCGUUGAUCGGCGCCCUCAUCACUUGGGGAGCUGGCAAACACAGUGGUGGUACUGCCGAGAUUAGAUUUAUCGACGCCCUCUUCUUCACGGCCGGCGCCUCCACCCAGGCUGGCCUGAACACGGUCGACAUCAACCUUUUGACCACCUUUCAGCAAGCCAUUUUCUACCUGUGGCCCAUGAUGGCAAAUCCCAUCACGGUAAACUCGCUUGUUGUCCAACUCCGUCUCUACUGGUUCGAAAAGAAGUUCCAGCACAUAACCCAAAAUGCCCGACUCGUCAGGGUCCCUCUCGCGAAAUCGUUUACCAAGUCGCGGACUAAGGCGAAGCAGCAGGACGGCGACGUCGAAAAGGGUGUAAAUGGCAGAAAGAUUACCGUUAUGUUGAACGGAAAAAAGUCACGCAUCAACAACGACGGGACCCUGCUGGGCGAUGCUAAGAAUAAGGGCAGGCAUGGUCUCGGCCUCACGGCGGCAAACCGGACUGCCACAGAUGGGGGCUUGGACGGCCCAUUGGAUAAGGCAGAUCGGCAUACCGGCCCAGCCGUCACAUCAUCCAUGACGGAACCCCGGAGGCCAGCCCUCAAAUUCGCCGACACGGUCACGAAAAGCGACGGUCUGGGCGAGGAUUUCCUCAAACUCCCACGGAUGCGAUCGGACGAGGAGCAUAUUGCCAUAGUCGAACGACAGAAGAAGGGAGACGACGAGGUGCUGCGAAUCCCGAAUCCGAGAGACGUAGAACGCGGCCUGGGCCCCAAGCGUGUUGAGGCUGGAGACAAUGAGGACGAAUUACUGUCGCCUCAUGCGGAAGCUUUCAAUCUGGAUGGAGAACCUCGAGCCCAAGCAGCUGACGGCCGCCAUCCGGCCAUCACUAUUGAGGAGCCUGAUCGUCGCAAGUUGCAGGAGACGGAUUCGGAUGAGUUCAUGGACGAUGUUAGAGCCGCUGCCCACACGUUUGACUUUUUGAAGCCGCAUUUUCCUCGGUACAAAAAGAAGCAAGACGACGUGGAAAAGGAACCCGUCAUUCCCGGCCCUUCCCAAAACAGGCGUCGCCAGUCGAUGCAGACGCUGCGAACCGCCUUUUCCAACAACAAGGCCGAAGGCACGCCGUAUCUGAGCUGGGAGCCCACCGUCGGCCGCAACUCUCUUUUCCCGGAGCUUACUGAAGAGCAGCGCGAAGAGCUGGGAGGAAUUGAAUACAGGUCUUUGAAGACGCUUGCCCGGGUCCUGACGGUCUACUUCUGGGGCUAUACGGCGCUGGGUGUGGUUGGGCUCUUGCCGUGGAUUCUGCAGGCCACUCAGUACGGGCAAGUUGUCGAGGCGGCAGGCCAAAACAAAGUAUGGUGGGCUUUCUUUACUUCGCAAUCGGCUUUCAUGGAUCUGGGUUUCACUUUGACGCCAGACAGCAUGAAUUCAUUCAGCACCGCGACAUGGCCACUUCUGUGGAUGAGCUUCCUGAUCGUCAUCGGCAACACUGGAUUCCCCAUCAUGCUCCGCUUCAUGAUUUGGGUGCUCUCGCUCAUUGUACCCAAGAAUUCUGGCAUGUAUGAGGAGUUGCGGUUUUUGCUCGACCACCCUCGCCGCUGCUUCACACUUUUGUUCCCUUCCAAAGCCACCUGGUGGCUGCUGGGCUUCCUUGUCCUCCUAAACGGCCUCGACGUGAUGUUUUUUAUCGUCUUGGAUCUUGGGCAAGAAGGCCCUGUAGCCUCGAUGUCGGACGGCCAAAAAGUUCUUAAUGGUAUUUUCGAAGCCGCAUCCACGAGGACCGCUGGUUUCUCCUGUGUGAAUCUCUCACUGCUUCACCCCGCCGUUCAGGUUUCCUACAUGAUCAUGAUGUACAUUUCGGUCUUUCCCAUCGCCAUAUCGGUUCGUAGGACGAAUGUGUAUGAAGAGAAUGCACUGGGAAUCUACUCGCACGGCGAAGAAGAGGAACACUCCAAGGCAAACCACAACGACUGGUCGCACGUCGGCACUCACGCUCGCCGCCAGCUCUCGUUUGAUUUGCCGUUUAUUGCCUUGGGCCUCUUCAUUUUGGCCAUCUCGGAAGGGCCGCGUAUCAUGAACCCCGAGGACGCCGCCAAUGGCUUCACCAUGUUUAGCAUGCUCUUCGAGUCCAUCAGCGCUUACGGCACAGUCGGCAUGAGCUUGGGGUACUCGACAAUCAACGCAUCACUUUCGGCCGAGUUUUCGGACAUUGGAAAGCUGGUUAUUAUCUGCUUGAUGAUACGCGGCCGACACCGUGGUCUCCCGUACGGUCUGGACAGGGCCAUUCUUCUGCCCAGCGAUGCACUCAAUGCGAAGGACGCAAUGGCUGCAGAUACAGAAGGCAGAUUGGCUAGGCAGAUUUCUCGCAUGUCUGUGGCGACACACCGCAGCGACACGACGCACAACCAGAGGGGCCUGGGACAUGUCCUGGCUGCCAUUUUGCAUCCAGGUCCCCCCGUGCCGCCCGAGCCCCCGAUGGAAGCUAUUCAUAGGAGAUCGACCGACCCUGGCUUGGACGCGGAGCCGCAACCUAUGCGGAUCACCUCGAGACGUACCGAGCCCGGUGUUGUGCGGAGAUCGGUUAGUCACUUGUUUUCGCCCAGGCCUAGGACUGCUGGUGGGCAUGAGGAUGAUUAG